CAUUGAUUGAUUAUUGACACAAAAAUAUAUUGAAUCGGUACAAGCCGUCCAUCUGGUGGACUCAUCACAAUCAGAACCAGACAACACGGCAGUCAGUUUCUUCAAAUUCGACAAUUCUAACCGUCCACGAUGCCUACCAUCCUCCCCCCAUGGCCCAACCUAAUCUUCGGCAUCAUCGAGCCCAUCUCACUCAUCGCCGGAGCCCUAAGCCCCCUCAUUAACCUCCACGCCUUCAUCACCGACCAAAUCCCCCACCCCCAUCCCCAAUCUUUUCCUCUUCCCAUCCCCCCCCAAGCCAUCUCCCUAGCCUACCAACUCGGCAACCUAUACGGCCUGCUCGCCCUGGUGGGGGUGGGGAUCCUGCGCACCACGACGGAACCCCCGGUCAUCCGGCAGUACCUGCUGGCGCUGCUGGCGGCGGAUGUGGGCCACAUCGCCGCCACGGGGUGGGGGAUGGGGUGGGAGCGGUUCUGCGAUGUGCGCGGCUGGAACGCCCUGACCUGGGGCAAUGUGGCGGUUACGGCGUUCCUGGGGGUGAAUCGCGUCUUGUUUCUGGGCGGGUGGUUGGGGGAGUGUCAGAAACAACAACAACAACAACAACCACCAGUUGGAAAAACUGGGAUAAAAGAAAAGAAGAACCGUGGUGGGAAGGUUGCUUGAGCUGGCAGCAGUGGUUUUGGGAUUAAUGCGGAUGGGUAGGGGUUUGAUUGCCUUUGUCUGGGUAUUUUUGGGCGGGUGGAAGGGGUUGGGUUAAUUGUAUGUACAAUAAGAGAUGUAAAGAGUCAUCGGAGCAGUAAGGUAGGCGGAAACUACAUCUAGAAACUACCUAGUGGAUUAGACGACUCCCUCGGUUUCGAAUACUUGAUCCUUGAGUUUUGUCUGCAGCUAAGGUUGAUACUACGGAGGAUGGAGUACGGUGGACUCCAGAUCUGGUUCUUGAACUUUCGUGUUGUCGGUCUCCACCUCUGUUGUUGUCGAAGCCACGUUGUGCACUUUGAACUUGACAUCAUCUAGUAACUAGUAUGAGACUUAGUAGACCUCGCAUGAUGUCAAUACCGGUAGUUACUCAAUCUGGCACUAUUAUCUGCCCUCUGCAAG